UGACUGGACCGUGAAGCGCGCCUGGGUCGCGCGCUGCUGGUGGGCACAGCGCCGUCACGAGCUGAAGGUGUCAUGAAACGGAGAAAACUCACUCGCAGAAAGGCAGGGGGCUAUUUAUACCAGCUCGCAUGGCAACAUAAGAGAUACUCGCCGGAUAAAUAAAUUACCGGAGCGAAAAUGGCCAAAAACACGUCUCUUUAUUUUCGGAUUGUCGAGGGCAGGAGCCUUCCGGCCAAAGACGUAUCUGGGACGAGUGAUCCUUACUGCAUCGUUAAAGUUGACAAUGAAGUUGUGGCCAGAACCGCUACAGUGUGGAAGAAUCUAAACCCAUUCUGGGGUGAAGAGUACACUCUGCACCUCCCAAUGGGGUUUCAUUCACUGUCGUUCCUCGUGAUGGACGAAGACACAAUUGGACACGAUGACGUUAUUGGAAAGAUCACGCUGAGCAAAGAAGCUAUUGGAUCUCAAGCUAAAGGGCUUGAUAGCUGGAUGAACCUGACUAGGGUUGACCCCGAUGAGGAAGUUCAAGGAGAGAUCCACCUGAGUCUGGAACUCCUUAAAGAUGCAAUGAAGAGCAGCCUGCGAUGCCAGGUCAUUGAAGCCAGGGACUUGGCACCGAGAGACAUUUCCGGAACAUCAGAUCCUUUUGGAAGAAUUAUUUUCAACAACCACAGCGCGGAGACCUCGAUUAUCAAGAAGACCCGUUUCCCUCACUGGGGGGAAACCUUAGAGCUGGAGCUGGACGCAGAGGAGCUGAAUGAGGAGGGGACUGUGAUCGUGGAGGUCUGGGACUGGGACAUGGUGGGAAAAAAUGACUUUCUGGGAAAGGUGGAAAUCCCUUUUGCUUCUUUGCACAAGACACCUGUGUUAGAGGGCUGGUUUCGUUUGCUGCCCCUGGGAAACAAUGAAGCUGAUGCUGGUGGCAAGCUGGGAGCUCUGCGCCUGAAGGUGCGUCUGGUGGAGGACCGGAUCUUGCCAUCUACAUACUACCAGCCACUUAUUGAACUUCUGGUUGAGUCGGUAAUCUCCCCCGCAGAGGUGGAGGACAGCAGCGCCCUGACCAUGCUGGAGGAGGUGACCACUGUGGAGAGCAGGCAGGAUGUUGCGAUGACUCUCGUGAAGAUCUACCUAGGGCAGGGCCUGGUGGUACCAUUCCUCGAUUACCUUAACACCAGAGAGGUCAACCACACAACUGAUCCAAACACCUUAUUUCGCUCCAACUCUCUUGCCUCCAAAGCCAUGGAACAGUUCAUGAAGGCCGUUGGCAUGCUGUAUCUGCAUGAAGUGUUGAAACCCAUCAUCAAUCGCAUCUUUGAUGAGAGGAAGUACAUUGAGCUGGACCCGUGUAAGAUUGACCUGAACCGCUCAAGACGGAUUUCCUUUAAGAGCGGCGUGUCAGAGGCAGAGGUUCGGGACUACAGCGUGGAGAUGCUGCAGACCUAUUUAACCAGCAUCAUCGAAUCCAUCGUCAGCUCUGUCGAUCAGUGUCCUUCAGUCAUGAGAGUGGCCUUCAAACAGCUGCACAAGAGAGUGGAGGAACAAUUCACAGAGCCGGAGAAUGAGGAUGUGAAAUACCUCGCCAUCAGCGGGUUCUUCUUUCUGCGUUUCUUUGCCCCUGCCAUACUGACGCCUAAGCUGUUCCAGCUGAGAGACCAGCACGCUGACACACGUACAAGCAGGACACUGUUACUACUUGCCAAGGCGCUGCAGAGUGUGGGCAACCUGGGCCUUCAGCUGGGUCAUGGGAAGGAACAGUGGAUGUCGCCUCUUCAUCCCAUCAUCCUCCGCAGUGUGGCCUCCGUCAAGGACUUCCUGGACAAGCUGAUCGACGUCGAUCACAAUAUCGUGUCUUCGGUGCCUCAGAGGGCCGUGUUCAUGCCUUCAGUGACGGUGAAGGAGGGAUACCUCCACAAACACAAAGCAGAGGGACCACAGCUGCUGUCCCGCUUUGCCUUCAAGAAACGCUACUUCUGGCUGACUAGCGAGACCUUGUCCUAUGCCAAGACCUCUGAUUGGCAGGUGCGCUCCUCCAUACCAAUUCAGUGUGUGUGUGCCGUGGAGAGGCUGGAUGAAAAUGCCUUUCAGCAGCAGAAUGUAAUGCAGGUCAUUACACAGGACAACGAUGGAAAGCUGAACACCAUGUACAUCCAGUGCAAGAACGUGAAUGAGCUGAACCAGUGGCUGUCUGCAAUAAGGAAAGUCAGCAUCUACAACGAGCGCAUGCUGCCUUCUUUUCACCCGGGCAUUCAUCGCAGCGGCAAGUGGACCUGCUGCCUGCAGGCGGACCGUGCUGUUACAGGCUGCAGCAGAACCCACUCGGCCGUAACUCUGGGCGACUGGAGCGACCCACUGGAUCCCGACGUGGAGACUCAGAUGAUAUACAAGCAGCUUCUCCAGGGCAGAGACAAACUCAGGAAAAAAUACCUGGAGAUGGAAGACGCAGAUCUGACGUCAAGCAAUAAGGAAAAGAGGAUAAGCCCUGAUAUUCACCCAGACGGUGCCGAAUGCAACGCUCCGCCGACGAGGCCCGGUCAGAGUGUCGCUGCUCGGCUGCUGGUGGUGAUAGAGGAUCUGGAGCAAGCUCACGCCACCUUCCAGCUCAGAGAAAUAGAGGACGCCACCAGAGUCAUUUUGAAUCCCUAGGCUGCACACGGCCUCCGAUCUAUUAAUGCCUGAAAGGAGGGUUGGGUGUGUGGAGAUGCUGGAGGAGGAAGAGGAGGGGAAGCAGAAAGAGGGAGCAACAGCUACACACACUCAUGACUGUCACAGAGGAGAAAGUGCGACCUCGUCCAGCCUGUUGGUGUAAAGAGCAACAGAGACUUUGUAAUCUCCUUCUGUACUUUCUGAAUGCCACCAAUGAGGAAGGUUACGACACGCGAUGCUAAAAUGGAGGGGCUCUUUGCAGCACGAUCUGGAUGUUUUAUAUAUAUAUAUAUAUAUAUAUAUAUAUAUAUAUAUAUAUAUAUAUAUAUAUAUAUAUAUAUACAUAUAUACAUAUAUAUAUAUUUGUAGAUAACAAGCAGUCCAUUGCAUGGCUUGCAUCCACUUGUGAAAUGUGAAAAGCUUUUAUAUUUCAAGAUAUUUUACAGGACUUGAAAUAUUUUUAUGCAAAAAGGCUUGUUGUAGUGUACUGUACAGUUCCUAAAUGUAAGGUGAUUUGAUACUUGUGGUUCAUCACUCAUGUUUUGUACCCUGAUUGAGGCAAUUCACCGCCACGGCCACUUUGUAGCAGUUAAUUUAACAUCACACGUCAUUCCAAGUGAUGUUACGUUAAAGUAACGCUCAGUGUAACGCUGCCUAUAUAGUGAGUGAAAUUAGCAAUGCUUACAUCUCCUUUUUUUUAAAAAACAAACAGCUUUUGUCUUUGGUGCUGUGGCCAUUUGAUUAUAUAAAUUGAGCUCUGAUGUUAUUGUUUUUCAUAUUUAACCAUUUCAGAAAUUUCUAUGGGUAAUAUUUACCUGACUCAAAAGUGUCAGGCUGCGUUUGAGAUGCCAAUUAGUUUUUUUUUUUCUUUUACAAACCUCAACAAGCCAAUACAGAAAUUGGUAAAUUUAUUUUCUGAAAAUUAAGCAGGUUUGGUGUUUAAAAAGCAGAGCAGGGGACAAUAAUUGAGAUCAGAUGUUAGGGAGGAGAACCUCAGCAGGUUGCUUAUGUUAUUUUAUUUUGGGGGAACAUUCUUCCUGCCAUACAGACAGUGUCUUGUCCAAGAAUUCAUAUCCUCAAGAAAGAAUAUUUACCCUCAUUACAACCACAAACCCUGAUGCGUUUCAUUAGGAUUUUAUUAGGUUGACCCAUACAAAGGGAUGUCAACCAGGACAUGACAUACGAUUUUCAAACUUUUAUACAUACGACGUUUUUGAAAACUACAAAGUUUGGAAAAAAAUCCUUUAGCCGGCCUUCACAGAUUUUCUUCCACAAUUGUCUGGGAUUUAGCUCCAUCCUUGUUCUUAUAAUCUCUGAGAAGUCUUUUUGUCACUGAUAAAAGAAAGAGCAUCCCCACAGCAAAAUGCUGCCACCACCAUGUUUCAGAAUAGGGAUGCUGCUUGUCUGAUUAAUGUUCUCCUCGCUUGGCCUGUCGGUUUAGGUGGCCGUGUCUCUGUAGGUUCACAUAUGUGCCAUACUCUUUCCUUUAUUUUCUGAGACCUUCAGCUGGAUCUUUACUGAGACUCAAAUACAUCUGGUUGCACUUCAUUUUAUUUAAGGCCAUCAAAGUAAAAGAGGCGUUUCAGAUUUUUGGGAUCUUUUUUUUCUUUCAAUACUCAAUUUUAAGCCACUUUGCGGCUGUCAGGUUACAGCUGACAGUAAAGUUUGACAAAAUGUGGGAAUGUUAAAGAGUAUGAAUAGUUUCCCAAGACACUGUCAAGUCCAUCCUUUCACAGAUGUAGAAAAACAAAGUCACAUUGAACAUCAUUAUAAAUGGGGGACCUCAAAAGAACCAGAAAAGUGGAAGCUAUUAAUCACAUUUUCAAUUUUGGAAUUAGAUGUUAGAAAUGUUUUGUGCUUUAAUUAUCUAAGAGUUUAGGGUUGCUGCUUUGGAGGGACGUUGUCCGACAGCUGGAAAAAAAAAAAAAUCAACGCUUUGCAGUUUGCAUAUUAAGGCAUUUUAUGAAGACACUAAACAAGCCAUAACUUCAACUAAAACUUUUAAACAUAUCCAACUUCUUUAAGUGUCUGCGUGCCCAAACCUUGGUGCUUCUUAGUUUUAUUCCCAUGAUCAAAGUGUAGAAAACAAAAAUAAAAUUAGAUAAAAAUGAUGUGAUUUAAAAAAAAAAAAAUCAAUUGAUUGUGUCUUUCCUAAAAAGAAAAUACCAGUACCAGGCUGUUUACCUGCGGUUUUUAUUUUAUUCUGCUUUGAGUGAAUUCCACAUGUUUACCUGCCAAGUAAUACGAAUCCUCUCAGAACCAGAGUAAGCGUUGUUGAAAGUUCAAAACGAACAUGUUAGCAUUUUUCUGGGUGGGAAACACAAAAUAACGAUUUGUUUCAGGUGUAUUUGUAAUUGUGGGAAUGCCUGUAUGUAAUGACUUCACCCCUUGUGCUGCAGAAAGAAAUAAAGUGGCAGUGUUAACUAGUC